GGCAAAUAUUACUCUUUCUACUUGCCACAUCAUGCAGUAGUAAAGCCUGAGAAGAAAACAACAAAAGUUCGAGUUGUCUUCAAUGCAUCACGAUCCACGAGCUCGGGUAAUUCCCUAAAUGAUAUUCUAUUUACGGGACCCACACUCCAACCAGAUUUAAUGCUCCUCAUAUUGAACUGGCGUAUAUACAAAUACGUAUUCAAUGGGGAUGUCGAAAAGAUGUAUCGACAAAUACUGGUUCAUAAAGAUGAUCAAGAUUUUCAGCGGAUUAUUUUCCGAAAAUCUGCCAAUAGUCCACUACGCGACUUUAAAUUGAAAACAGUUACCUUUGGCGUAAACUGUGCCCCAUAUCUAGCCAUUCGUACACUACACGAACUGGCAGAAGACACAAAGCCAGAAUUUCCACUGGCAACACAAGUCUUAAAAACGCAAACGUAUGUAGACGAUAUCCUGUCUGGAAGCCACAGUCUUCCACAAGCAUACGAGACCUUAUCACAGGUAAUAAAUGCCCUCAAUACCGCAGGGUUUCCUUUAAAAAAGAUUACAGCCAAUCACCCAAAUAUUUUAAAAAAUAUUCCUAAAGACCAUUUGUUGGAUACUAAUUUCCUUAUAUUUGAAAAGGAAAGUACAACAAAAACACUAGGCAUCCAAUGGAAUGCGAUAUCGGACCAGUUUUCAUACACGACUGAGUCCAUAUCCGCAUUAUCCGCUGUUACAAAACGCCAAAUUCUCUCCUCGGUGGCAAAACUUUUUGACCCCGCAGGAUGGCUUUCGCCAAUUAUGAUACAAGCGAAAAUCCUGAUCCAAGAAUUAUGGCUAGACGGAACCGACUGGGACGAACAAGUGAAACCUCUUCGCUUAGAAAAAUGGUCCCAGUUCGCUAAUAAUUUGAACGACAUCUCGAAGAUACAAAUUCCACGGUGGGUAAACUAUUCCCCCGAAUACAAAGUGGAACUACACGGCUUCUGCGACGCCUCUGAAAAGGCAUAUUGUGCCACUAUAUAUGUGCGUACACAAAGCGAUGUCGCAACUACAAGCCACUUAUUAGCGGCAAAAGCAAAAGUUGCGCCUCUAAAAACGCUAAGUCUCCCACGACUUGAACUCUGUGGCGCUCUGCUACUAGCAAAGCUAGCUUCAAUGGUGCAGACCCACUUAAAUAUGGCGAAAUACAGAUUAUAUUUAUGGUCCGAUUCCGAGAUAGUUCUAGCCUGGUUAGAAAAACCACCACAUGCGUGGAAAACUUAUAUUUCUAACCGAACGUCUGAAAUACUUGACCUAGUAGGAUCAGUCACUUGGCGUCACGUAGCCAGUGCCGACAAUCCUGCUGAUCUAGGUACAAGAGGAUGCAAACCUCUGCAUCUCGCCACCUCCACCCUCUGGUGGAAUGGCCCCCGAUGGUUAACAGAAUCUCCCGAUUCUUGGCCACAAUCGCCCAUGCGCAACAUACUUGCCCCAGAAAGUCGUAAAAUCGACACUUAUCAUGCAACACUGGAUGACACUGACAUCCUUGAACGAUUUUCAUCGUUCCCCCGAGCCCUCCGGGUAGUUGCCUAUAUGCUCAAGUUUUUAGAGCGGCUUAAACUUAAAGUUAAAGGAGCAACUUAUCUCCAUUGCGAUAAAUUGACGCACCAAGACUUACAAAAAGCAAAGGUCGCUCUUAUCGCAUCAACCCAAACGCGCUACUUCAGCCGCGAUAUAGAAUUACUAAGGGAAUCGAAGCCUAUCGAUAAAAAGAGCUCACUCUUAGUUUUAAACCCAUUUCUAGACACGACUGGUCUACUUCGUGCGAAUGGUCGGCUUGCUAAUUCAAGCCUAACGUACAAUGAACGCCACCCUAUAAUCAUACCAGAGAGGUGUCCGUUUGCCACUUUAUUUAUUAGAUAUAUCCACAUACUAAUGCUCCACGCCGAACAUCGCCUCAUGCAACAUAUGGUCCGCCAAGAGCUGUACAUACCCCGACUGAAGCCCCAAAUAAAGAAAUGCAUUUUCAUGUGCAAAAUCUGCACUAUGCAUAAGCAGAAAAUGCGAUCGCAGAUUAUGGCAGCACUUCCACCUGAACGCUGCAAUUUUGCUCUGCCUUUCACCACUACAGGUGUAGAUUUUGCUGGGCCUUUUAUGAUAAAGGCAUCCAUGCUAAGGUCUCCUACCCUCAUGAAAGGCUAUGUGGCUGUUUUUGUCUGUUUCACGACAAAAGCAGUACACCUUGAGCUAUGUACGAAUCUGACGACGGAGGCUUUUCUUGCGGCUUUUGCUCGUUUCGUCGGACGACGAGGUUUUCCAUCAAAGAUCAUGAGCGAUAAUGGUAAAACAUUUAUCGGAGCGCAAAGAGCUACCGAAAAACAGUUUGUGGACUUCACCAGACAAGUCUCACCGGAAAUUGUCCAAAAAUACGCUCCCCAAGGUAUCAAUUGGCAGUUUAUCCCCCCAAGCGCCCCUCACAUGGGCGGCUUAUGGGAGUCAGCUGUAAAAAGCUUCAAAUCUCAUUUCAAGAAGCUAGCUGGCAACUAUAAAUUCAAUUAUGAAGAGUUCACGACACUCUUAACUAGAAUUGAAGCCGUUCUUAACUCACGGCCUCUCGCUGCACUCUCGCAAGAUCCCUCAGACUUUACUGCCCUCACGCCAGGGCAUUUUCUUAAAGGAGCGCCCAUUCUGGCCACACCUGAGCCAGGCGUGGAGUCGCUUUCCUUAUUAAACCGUUGGGAAAGAAUUAAGAUUCUCCAUCACGACUUCAGUCGCCGAUGGAAAGAUGAUUAUUUAAAGGACCUCCACAGAAGGUACCGAUGGAAAAUCACAGAAAAUGCGCCUAAGCUUGGAGAUUGUGUCUUAAUCAGUGACGAUUGUCUCCCCCCUACCGAGUGGCGGCUUGGCCGCAUAGAGAAGCUCUACUACGGCUCCGACGGUCAUAUUCGCGUAGUCGAUCUCCGUACACAAUCGGGAACGCUAACUAGACCGCUCGUUAAAUUAUGCUUUUUGCCAACCGCAGAUAAAAUCCAAACGUAACCGCAACCAAUAAACAAAGAAAUAAAGAAAAAAAAAAAAAUUUGUAUGUAUAUGUAUAUAUAAUAGUAAACGCACCCACUAUGUCGAUCCGUACGACGACUCAAUCCUGCCACAUUACGUGCCACCACCGGCUAUAUGAUAUAUACACAUAUAUAUAUGAUAAUUAAAAAAAAAAAAAAAAAAAAAUCCUAUUUCUUGACAGGUCGAUAUGGAAGCCGAGAUGCCCAAUACUCCAACGCCCUCUGUACGUUCGGCCGUGACUGUUCCGCGCCCUAAAGCUACCCCUGUAGCAGCGCCGCGAACAACCAUAGUUCCCGCAGCCCACCGAGAGCUUCCGACAGCUCCGCGUAGAGACACGCAAGCCCGGUCUCCGGAACCAGCACCACUUCAGUGCGCGCUAUGUCGCCGCCGACAUCGAUUGCCACAUUGCGGUAUAUUCAAGGGGAUGACGCCUCAGCAACGCCAGCAGGUCGCCCAGGCCCACGGGCAUUGCUUAAACUGUCUGGCGCCUACCCAUCUAACGCGCGAAUGCACCACCGGGUAUCAGUGCCAGGUGUGUAUGGGUCACCAUCACACCAUGUUCCACCGCAAUGCUGGACCCGACGUUGAGCGUCGUCAUCCCCCUCGCGGCAGUACUGCCAGCCGACGACUCCCGCGACCGCAACCGCGAAGGCAAGCCUUCCCUUCGGAGGAGUCCCGCGCCUGGCGCCAUCAUCACCAUGCCACAUCGCAUCGGAGGCGCCAUCCUAGGCCGCAAGCCCGUCGUAAGACAGGUCUCAGCAACGUUGUUGCAACACUGCAACAACUUCAGAGGCUACUAGGCUGAAUACGCGCCUAGGGGGGCCAGGAUGUACAAAUGAGCAUCCUCCCCAAGGCAUCCACACACACACUACACGAUCACACCACAUCAACUUCACAACAUUGACACGCACCUUCAUCAUACCCACGUCACAAACCACCAAAGCUUACAUUCCACCCUACACACCAACCAACCA